AUGUCUAAAACCAUCCUCCUCCUCGGCGCCGGCAAAAUGGUCGGCGAAGGCAUCGCAUCUCACUUCCACCAAGCUGGCUACAAAGUAGCUCUCGCAUCCCGCUCUGGAAACUUUCCCUGGGACACAAAGAACUCGUAUCUCCAUGUCAAAGCCGAUUUCGCGGAUCCUUCGUCCGUCGAGGGUGUCUUUCAGAAAGUGAAAACUGAAUACGGUGUUCCUAAUGUCGUGGUUUAUAACACAGCAAUAAUGACACCGACCCCCCAACCAACUUCGGAAUCCGUCGCCGCCUUCGAAACAGGCAUCAAAAGCACCAUCGUCUCGGGCUACGCAGCAGCCAAGUACGCGCUCGAAGGCUUCCGUACGCUGCCUUCUGAGGUGUCAAAGACGUUUAUCUGGACAGGGAAUGGGCUUAAUGUCAAGCCUGUGCCUGUGUUGUUUAACCUCGGGGUUGGGAAGGCGGGAGCAGCUAGUAUUGUGCAGACACUGGCGGCGGCUUAUGGAAAUGAUGGGUUUAAGUUUUACUACGCGGAUGAGAGGAAGCCGGACGGAGGAUUCAUCAGUCAGGAAAUUAGCGGGGAGAACCACGGAAAGUUUUAUUUGAAGCUGGCUGAGGGAGCCGCAGGCGUUCCUUGGGAUGCGACGUUUGUUGGGAGCGAGUAUGUUGAUUUCGGGGGGAAGGCUUUUUGGUAG